AUGCCUCCACCGGCGGCGACUACUCGGCGGCGCAAUCCAAGGGGACGAGCCAGGAAAUCCCCCGCGCUCCACCUCUCGGAGUUCCACUGCAUGCCGGAGCCGGUGGAGGCGUGGGAGCGGGACUGGGCGGAGCUGCCCGCGGACUCGAUCUCCUGCGUCCUCCACAAGCUGAGCCUCCCGGAGCUCCUGCUGGGCGGCGCGGCGGAAGUGUGCCGUUCAUGGCGACGCGCCGCGCGGGAGGAGCCCGAGCUCUGGCGGCGCAUCGACGUGAGCCAUCUUCCCGACGUCCCGCCCUUCACCCGGCAGGCUACUCUCGAGAAUGUCAUGAGGGCCGCCUUGCGUCUUAGCGCGGGGCAGUGCCAUACCUUCUUGGGCGCGCACCUGGACGAUGGCCUCUUCAUGCUGCUCGCCAAGCAGGCGCCUUUGCUGAAGAGACUUGAACUGACCAGGUGUUGUCCUAUCUCCAGCGGAGGAUUUGCCGACGCAAUAAAGAAGCUCCAUCUGCUUGAGGAGCUCCAGCUGUAUCACUGCUUACACGAUGAAGCGUGCCCGUGCCUGAAAAGCUUCAGGCUUGUCCGGCAAAGGCCUUGCUCCUAUCGUUUUAACAAGCGUACUGAUGAUCGAGAGGCCUUUGCAAUCGCAAAGAUGCACCGACUACGUUCCUUGAAGCUCGUCCAUGGUAAUCUCAGCAACCAAGGCCUGGCAGCUAUCAUCGACAACUGCCCCCACCUAGAGUACCUUACCAUACGGGAUUGCUGCAACGUCAGGAUGGAUGCUAACCUAACAGCCAAGUGCGCCCGGAUCAGAGUGGACUACCACGAGUACUUCCCGUCAUAUGAACUUUGUAAAUGUUGUUUCUUUUCCCCAAUUUAUGCGUUCAAUGAUGAUGGCUACCCCUAUGAUGACGAUGAACCCGACGAUUACCAUGAUCUUUCUCUUUAUUCCUACCUGGGUGACGAGAUUGAUGGCACCGAUUGUGAGGAGCAUGAAAGGAUCCUAGACGUCAAGAGCAUGCGUAGGUACUUGAGCUAAUGUACUAGUGUUGCUUUAGAUGUUCUGAUAUUUUGUUGUGUCAUUCCGGCCACAACUUUUCUUAAAGAGGAUCAACUU